AUGUCGACCAACACUAACGUCACGUCCGUGCCUACCACCGCCGUCGCCUCGACGUCCAACACCACGUCGCUCAUCGACACGAUUCCGUCGACCAUCAUGACCACAGACGUGGAUUCUGAGAUCUCUGCCGUCACUCACGUCAGGCUUCCGGGUUUCUGGCAACACUCGCCGUUGCAAUGGUUCACGCACGCAGAUGCUAUGUUCGCUAAUAAGCGAAUCCGUUCGGACCUUACGCGCGUGAACCACGUGCUCGAGGCUUUGGACGAGGACGGCGUGCGGACCGUCUCAGACCUGCUGGGUCCCGACGCGUCGUACGACAGGGUCCGUCAGCGGCUCGUAACGGCCUACAGUUUACCCCCAGCCACCCAGUUACAGCGCAUCAUCCAACCAGGCGGCAUGGGAGAUCGCACCCCAUCGCGACUCCUGCGGGACAUGCGGGAAGUCUAUCCCGACGGGAUGUCCGAGACAUCGCUAGUCGCAUUCUGGAUGAGUAAGCUCCCGCCACCCAUCCGCACCGUCGUUGCCGUGCUCUCGGGCUCCGGAGACUACCUGGCGGAACGCGCCGACCGCGUGUGGGAGGCAUACCAAACGGCAGAACUUUCAGCCGUCGACACCGACGCCGACCGCCGCGAGGCAAGCACAAUUCCUCCCCGACCCGGCCCAGCUAUCGCGCCGGAGGACACGCGUUACACAUCAAUGGAAAACGCCAUCCACGCGUUGACGGCCCAGGUCGCAGCCCUCGCGACGUCGCAUGCCACCGCGCUGGCCUACGCCAAUAACGACCGCGCUCCACAACAACAGCGCGACCGCUCUCGUUCUCGCUCGCAACCGCAACCGCGAUCGACCCCGACCGCUAGAGGCUGGUGCUACUACCACGACCGAUACGGCGCCGACGCGCGGAAAUGUCGCGAUCCAUGCACUUUCGCGUCCGCGACGCGGAAAAAUCCGUGA